CGUCUGGUCUGGUGAAACGAGCUAUCCGCGUUUGCUGAAUUAGCAUAGAUAAACUAUACUUAUUUAAUAUAGCUAAGUCAGUAGAUUUUAAUAUAGCUAAGUCUGUAGAUUUUAAUAUAGCUAAGUCAGUAGAUUUUAACAAAGAUAAACUAUUCUCGGAAUGGAUCCGUUUACCGAGAAACUCCUGGAGAGGACCCGUGCUCGCAGGGAGAACCUGCAGAAGAAGAUGGCAGAGAGGCCCACUGCUUCUAACAGACAGAUGGCCAAGAGAGCAAGGGAGCCUCUGGCUGAGACCUGCAACAGCCUGGUCACAGAGCCUGUCAUCGACAAAGCCCCCCACCAGUCCACCAAGCCCUCUCCCUCCAAGCGGAGUCGUUCAGGUGAACUUGACAAGCCCACCAUUAUUGGUGAGGAGAACAGAGCGCCUGCGAUGCCUCCUCGCACCCUGACCCCUACUCUGUCAGAUCCCCAGACUGACCGUAAGCCCCCAACGGGCCCAGCCAGCAUCCGCUCUGCCUCUUCUCUGGAGAGGGUGGAUGUCUGCCCUGGUGCUCCCGUUCCUGAACCAGAGCCCAUGGUGGCAGCACAGCUUGUCCCAGAGCAGGUCAGGGCCAGGGAGGUAGCGCGCCCUGCCCCAGAACCAGAGAAGGUGGCUGUGAGUGCUGCUUCACAGCCAGAGAGCACCAGGAAUGUGGAGGAGGUGCCUACUAGCCCAGUUCUCCAGAGGAACAGAGAAGAGCAGAGGGAGGCUCCCACCUCCUCAACCCCUGCUGCCAUGAAGUCUCGCCUGGCCAGACUGGCUGAACAGAGGCAGUACUGGGACUCUGAAGGUACCUCUGACGAGGUUCCAGACAUCCCAGCAGCUCUGUCCCCAGUGAAGAGCCAGACCCAGCUGAGGCAGGCUGUGGCCUCGGUCCCCACACCCGGCCCUGCUGCUGCGUCCUCAGAGGCCCCUGUGGGCAGGAAGGGUCGGCUGGCCAGCCUUGCUGCCACCAUUGGGUCCUGGGAGGACGACCUCAGCCACGCGGCCCCUCGCAGCAGAGACAAUCCACAAGGGAAGCCUGGUAGUGUCAGUACCGCCACCCCUGCUUGGAGGAGAGAGGCUGGUGCUGGAGCCAAACCCACCUCUGCUGCUGCAGACCGGCCACAAAUGAGUCAGUCAUCAAACAGCAAGCCUGCUCUGGACUCCAACCAGCAGCCUGUCCACUCCCCAGUCAAGUCCACCAGAACGGUUCCCCCCAGCCCCCAGAAGACUGAAGUACCUGAAGCCAGACCAGCUCUACGGACAGGCAGAGGUCUCCCCUCUCCUGUAUCUAGUCCCCAGAGGAGUUACCAGGGGAGAGCCUCAGCCUUCACCCCCAGCCCCCAGAAAGGCGCUCCCUCCUCAGCCUCACCUGUGCCUCAGAGCCCCCUGAAGAACCAGGCCCUGUCCCGAGCCCUGGAGGUCAACGCUAGCCCCAAGAAGCCCUCCACCACUGGACCCUCUGUCCUGCAGACCAGGGAGAGGUUCACCAAGGAGACCACCCCAGCCACUCCCCUGCAGCAGAGAGGCACCGCUGGAGCGACUGGAACUCCAGGUGUCAAGUCGUUCAUGGAGCGUUUUGGGGAGAGGCGCCAGGAGCGUUCUGACCUGAGUUCCCCUGCCACCAGCCAUGGAGCUGCCGCUCGUACCCCGACCGUAGUGAACCCGUCUGGGGCAGGCCUGACUGGUCGUACCCCUGUGGUGAGCCAGUCUGUGACCCCCAACACCAGGCUGGUGCAGGAGAGGCUGAGAGCUGCCCAGGCUGCCAACACCGCCACCGCUGACCUCGCACAGAAACAGAAACUGGAGCGUGAGUCGGAACUGGCUCAGAUUCGUAACCGCUUCCAGAAAGGGAACAACAUUUGGAAGAACAAGGAGGCGGCAGCAGACACAAAGAAAAACACACAGGCCAAGGAUCUGAUUGAGCAGCCUGAGGAGAGACGGCCUGUUGUCUCCCAGCCUGAUGAUGAGCCAACAGCUUACCCUCUGGAUAGCCUGAAUGCUGCACCCAAGAAACCCAAUGUACCUGCUGCCACCACCCCAACCUCCAGCCCUGUGAAGAGUGUAGAAUUCUCAGUGGAGAAGCCUUCUGAGGAAGAAACACAGGAGGAGGAAUCAGAUGAAGAAGAGAGUCAUGAGAUGAACGUGGACCAGUCCAACAACUCUGAUGUGAUCAACAACAACUUUGACGGGUUCCAUGACCAGAGUGGUGAGGAUGAGGAGGGUGCAGGAGAUGAGGAGGAAGAUAAACUGAACAUCUCCUCUAUGUCCAUCCUGGCCCCCUUCUCUGAGACUGUGGCUGCCGUGGUCAAGAGCCCAGUGAGGAAAAUGAUGAUGUUGACCCCAGCCAGUUCAUUCAACGCUAAGAGCCAGACUCCUGACAGUGUGUCCAGACCCAGUAAGUUCCAGAGGGCUCGCAUGCUCCGGGCCGGGUCAUCAGACAGCCUAGAGACAGACAACCAUGAGGACCACAACCUGCCCUACAGUAUUGAUGCGUACAGGUCGACCAGGAUCAAGGAGAGUACGGAGAGGCCCUGUGUGAAGCAGGUCAUUGUGAGGAAGGAGGACAUGUCUCGGAGAGCAGCAGAGGAACCCAGGAGCCAAGGACACACCAGCAUCAAACAGAAGAUGAAGGUUCUGACCAAUGAGAUGAACCUGCAGCAGACCGUGAUCAGCCAGGCCAGCCAAGCUCUGAACUGCUGUACGGAUGAGGAGCAUGGGAAAGGCUCGCAGGUGGAGGCAGAGGCUGAGAGGCUGCUGCUCGUAGCCACGGAGAAGCGGGGGGCUCUGAAGGCUGAGUUGGACCGUCUGAAUGGAGAGGGUCCUAGCGGUCAGAGGAGGGGGCAGGGUGGGGACAUGGGGGUCUCAGCCUCCAAGGGAUCCAUCUCUCUCCUGGAGCUACGACUGCCCCUCAAAGCUGACUUUGUCUGCUCCUCUGCUAACAAGCCAGAGUCGUCAAGCCAUUACUUCUUCAUCAUGAUCCGUGCUGGAGCUGAGAAUACAGUUGCUACUCCCCUGGCCAGCACACGUAGCGCUAUCAGUGGAGACGCAAUCACCUUCUCUACCAAGUUCACCAUGCCUGAUGUCUCUAACGACUUUGCAAUUGAUAUUGAGGUUUACUGCCUGGUGCAGAAGCGUGAGUUGAACCCUGACAAGAGGAAGAAGCCCAGCAAGUCAAAGGCCAUCACUCCCAAGAGGUUCCUCGCCAUCUCUAAGAGCAGUCUGACUCCAGUGGUGGCCAGUCCUGGGGGCCCAAAUACAGUCCGCACCAGUAACUUUGUCCUGGUCGGGUCUCACAAGCUAACUCUAGCCUCAAUUGGGAAAAACAAGUUCCCAUUGGAGAAGAUCAAAUAUGAAGGCAUUGAGAGAGCGCUUCUCAGAGACAUGUUUCACAGCAAGGUGCCUUUCCUGUGCCCCCUGGAGGGCCACAUCUACCUGAAGAUGCAGUGUGAGGUGGGCUCCCUGGUGGAGGAGAGAGGCUUCCUGACAAUGUUUGAGGAUGUGAGUGGGUUCGGAGCAUGGCACAGGAGAUGGUGUGUCCUGUCAGGAUACUGUAUCUCCUACUGGACCUACCCUGAUGACGAGAAACGCAAGAACCCAAUAGGUCGCAUCAACUUGGCCAACUGCACCAGUCAUAAGGUGGAGCCAGCCAACAGGGAGUUCUGUGCCCGGCCCAACACCUUCGAGCUGAUCACCGUCCGGCCUCAGAGAGAGGACGACAGAGAGACGCUCGUCAGCCAGUGUAAAAACACCAUGUGUGUCACCAAGAACUGGCUGUGUGCCGACACCAAGGACGAGAGGAACCUGUGGAUGCAGAAGCUCAACCAGAUCCUGGUGGACCUGCGCAUGUGGCAGCCAGACUCCUGCUACAGGCCUGUGUGAAAGCACAGCUCCCCCGCCCGGACUAGAUGGCUAACAACACCCUGCAUGGUUCUGGGUCUCGCAUAUGGACUGUCACGAUCAGUGACACUUACGAUGACUAAGUGCAAUACAAUAUGAAUGUUAUUAAAUAGGAUUUACAGGUGGAUUAUAUUUUUAGAGGCGCUUUUGUGGACAGUCAAGACAGUUUAAGUCAGGGAUGGGCAACUGGGGGCCCCAUUUUGUAGCCCCCCAUUCUCCAACUCAGUCUGGGUCUCAACCAGGGUUUUUGUUAGGAAAAUGUGGCGCUGGACAUUUGACCAGCAACAUUUUAGUUUACCGGACAUUUGAGAAAUCUGCCGGACCCAUAUGUAUUGGGUACGUAACCUGAUUAAGGCGUCCACCCACAGUGCUCAGAAUGACACAUCACAUUUUAGAUUAUGGUAAUUCAUAUUAACAGAACAUGCAAGUCAGAUGCAAGGAUGUGUGGUCCUGAUUCUGAUGUUCACUUUGGAGAUGUUAGAAUAACUGUCUACAUUUACCUUUCCUCAGCCAACAAGACAAGUAACGAACAGCAAAACCACUAGCCU